ACGGUAGGUGGGGGCGGGAGGUCCUGUAUAAACACAAACUCACUUCCUUGACAACUUCCUUCACAACAGCUCUGUGCUGCUCCGUGAAGUGUGAAUGCCCUGACUUCUGCAGAGGCCGUAUCACCAUAAAUGCUGCAAUGCCAAUGAAGACUUCGGAUUGACCAUGUAGCACCUUUUAGCAAACCGUUCUUUGUGUGUGGUAUUUUGGGAAACGUAUGUUACAUCUUCGGCAGUUGUAGGAAAGAUGCAUCGUUAAAACACUCGGAACCUUAAGUUCAAUCAGUAUCGGGAAACCGGGCCCAGCACUGCACCUCAUUCAGAUCACAGGAGCGAUCCUCUUGGCAGUGGGAGUAUGGGGGAAGUUUAUGAUCGGCCCGUAUAUCUCUCUGAUAGCUGAGAACACCACCAACGCUCCGUACGUCCUCAUCGGCACUGGGACUGUCAUCAUCGUCUUUGGCCUGUUCGGAUGCUUCGCCACCUGCAGGGGGAGCCCAUGGAUGCUCAAACUGUAUGUAAUGUUCUUGUCCCUGGUGUUCCUAGCUGAGUUGGUGGCUGGGAUCUCUGGCUUUGUUUUUCGUCAUGAGAUAAAAGGUACCUUCCUGAGGACAUAUACUGACGCCGUGUUGAAUUAUGAUGCUGAGGAUGAGAAGAGCCUGGCUGUGGACAACGUCCAAAGCAGCCUGCGUUGCUGUGGGGUGAACAACUACACCAGCUGGUUGGGCAGUGUGUACUACCCUGCUAACGGUUUUCCCCUGAGCUGCUGCUCCAACUCCUCUGACUGCAGCCCUCAGGACCUCCGCAACACCACCAUAAACCACACCAAGGUCUACCAGCAGGGCUGUUAUGAACUGGUAACCUCCUUCCUUGAGACCAACAUGGCCAUCAUCGCGGGAGUAACAUUUGGAAUUGCCUUCUCACAGUUGAUUGGCAUGUUGCUGGCCUGCUGUCUGUCCAGGAUCAUUACUGCUAAUCAGUAUGAGAUGGUGUAGCAGGGAGAGCAGGGAGAUGAAGAGGAGAGGGCGAACAGCACCUUGGUAGACUGGGACAGAAGAUCCCCACAACACUAGCACACUGCAUAACUAAAACUCUUACCCUCCCCAAUGCAACACUGACCUUGGUUAAGCAUCUAUGGGCAACUUAAUCCUGCUCCAUAUUACAAGUUUAGUCAUCUCUAACACUUUGGGUAGAAGUUGUCCUUAGGGACAUAUCUAGGAACAGGUCACACGAAGCCUUGAUGCUAAACUUAACUAUUAGGGUGACGAAUGGAUAUCUGACCCUGCAUCAGUGCUAAGCGCCAACAUCAUCCUGCCCCUUAGCAGUCUUUGCCUCACUGUCCGCUCACAGCACCCCCUUGUGGUCUGGCAUGCUCCAUACAGGGCCUAGCAUUUAAAAAGCAAUGCACAGAUUUGUAUGAAAUGAUUCAACCAUAUUUAAAGAUAAAACAGUAGCCAGCAUACACUGUAUUUUCAUCAUGUUUUGGAUCACCGCUGUAAAUACCCAAGCUACACACAUAUAGAGAAGAUAUGUUGAUAUAACAUUGAGAGAGCAUUUAGAGCUAACUUUUAGCCUUUCAUUUGCAUUCCUGCUAUUUCGCUGCUUCAUGGAUGAUAUCUCAGACUUUUGUGGCCAUAUCUAUGAUGUUAGCUUACAAUGAACUAACUGUGUAAUCAAUUUGGUCUCUGGAUGUGUAGAUGUCUUAAUCAUUUAUUAUUUAUUAUUAUAACAAUUCAUGAAGUGUGUGUCAAGUUUGGUUCGGAACACUGAGCUGUUCCGAUUUAAUAUAUGUGAGCGUAGGUUCUUUUAAUAUAUAUGAGCCUCGAAUUUUGACGGACAAAUAUAUUCUUUAAUGAUUUGAUGGAUGUUAUGUGUUUUUGUGGCACACGUUGAGAUGUAUAGGCUUAUGUUUAUUUCAUGUUGUUUUAAUAGUAUGUCUGCCUUUCUGUCUGCACACUUACGAGUGUGAGUGAGAAAGAGUUAAGGUGGUUACAAGUGGGUAGAGUCGUCUACUGGAAUUGGGUGGGAAUAGGGUGAGAAUAGGUUGGGAAUAGGAUGGGAAUAGGGUGGGAAUUGGAU